GGAAGGAGCGGGAGCACAACUUCCAGCCCGGGGACAACGUGGAGGUGUGCGAGGGGGAGCUCAUCAACCUGCAGGGCAAGAUCCUGAGCGUGGACGGCAACAAAAUCACCAUCAUGCCCAAGCACGAGGACCUCAAGGACAUGCUGGAGUUCCCGGCCCAGGAGCUCAGGAAGUAUUUUCGGAUGGGCGACCACGUGAAGGUGAUCGCGGGGAGGUUCGAGGGCGACACGGGGCUGAUCGUCAGGGUGGAGGAGAACUUCGUCAUCCUCUUCUCCGACCUCACCAUGCACGAGCUGAAGGUGCUGCCCCGGGACCUGCAGCUCUGCUCCGAGACGGCGUCGGGGGUGGACGUGGGGGGGCAGCACGAGUGGGGGGAGCUGGUGCAGCUGGACCCCCAAACCGUGGGGGUGAUCGUGAGGCUCGAGAGGGAAACCUUCCAGGUGAGACCCCCCAAAAUGUGGGGGUGCCACGGUCACCUUCCAGGUGAGACCCCCCAAAAUGUGGGGGUGCCACGGUCCCCUUCCAG